CCAAAUUUUCCAUUUUUACUUGAAAACAUUCCUUCAGGUGGCUUGUACUUUUUAUUCUAUAUUUAAGUGUAAAAUUCACGCUAACCACUCUAGUUAUUGAGCAAUUUAGUUAACACUAUUAUACCGUUUUUAUUUGUUUUUUCUUCAAAAUGCAGUACAAUCAAUGGAUGAAAGAAGUCAAUGGUGACAAUUUGGUAUCAAAAUUAUCGAUUCCUGGUACUCAUAACUCUGCUGCUUGCCAUAAUGCUCUACCUUCUGUUCAGUGUCAAGACAAAAAUAUCUCUGAUCAACUAAACAAUGGUGUUCGUUUUUUAGAUGUUAGAUUAUCUAGAAAUCUUAGUUCGGAUAUCACAACAACCAUAACAAAUGCUCUUCCAACUUCUCUCUUUGGCAACAUUAAAAUUCCCCAAAAUAACAAACAAAAUAAAAAUGAUGAUUUAGUGGUUAUUCAUGGAAAAUUCCCUGUCAAGUUGGGUGGUAAUGUUCGAUUUGACGAGGUUUUGAAUCAAACAUACAAAUUUCUUGAUUCAAACCCAUCUGAAACCGUUAUCUUAUCACUUAAACAAGAAGGACAAGGCGAAUGGAACAAUGACAACGAUGAGUUUCCCAAAGUCAUUUAUAACCGUUAUAUUAACAAAAAUAAUGGAUCAUUCAAGAAAUAUUGGUAUUUAAACAACUCGAUUCCAAAAUUGAAUGAUUGCAGAGGAAAGAUUAUUCUCUUGAGGAGAUUUGGACUUCGCAACAAUGAAUUUAAACAGAAAAUUGGUGGCGAUAACAAUCUUGGUAUUAACGCCAGCUUUUGGUCGUAUAAUACAAUUGAUGAUAACCGUGACAAAGUUCGAGUUCAAGAUUUCUGUGAGAUCAAGGAAGUAAAAUCAAUUGGUACUAAAAUCAAUUAUAUUAAAGACCAUUGUAAAAGGUCAGCUGAAUAUCAAAGAUCAGAUUCGAAUCCACCCAAAUUAUUUUUAAAUUUCUGUUCUGCGUCAAAUUUUUUCAAUCAAGAUCUUUGGCCUAAUAAGAUUAAUGAUAUUUUGGUCAAGAAUAAUUUAUCUGAAUCAUUUAGCAAAGGGAAUGGAGUUGUUAUCUUAGAUUAUGUUGGUAAAAACAAUUGGAAAUAUGUGAAAGAAUUGGUUAAUAAAAAUUUUUAAAUGAGAAAAUGAGAAAAUGAGAAAAUGAGAAAAUGAGAUUGAGUUAGAGUAUAGUAGCGAUUUAUUUAGCAAAUAAUAAGAAUGAAACAAAAUGAAAUGAAAUAAAUGAUUAUAAAAUAUUUUCAUCAUCUGAUAAAUUAUCAGUGGUAAUUAGAGAUUUGAUUUUCAAUAGAAUUUUUAGAAACAAUUUGUCAUUUAAAUAAUUUUUAGUUGAGACAGAAUUGUUG